CUCUUUCCACGUGGCGUUAAUACUGAGCCCCAAGUUUCGACAGUCGGUUCACAUCGGACGAUAGAUAUAUUUUCGAGUACUUUAUAUAGCCCGUGGUAUCUCUAUGAGUCCAGCGCCUUUCAACUUUUCUGCCUCGGUCCACUUACGAGAGCCCGACAAUCUUUCCUCGCAAUGACACCGUCCUCUGUUAUGACCCCCACCGCCCCAGACAUUCGCAACUUAUCCUCCACGGAUGUGCGACGACCCGGCCCUCCAGACAAUGACGACAAAUCCAUCGUCUCGCAGAUGAUUGAAGACGCGAUCAUAGAUAUCGAGCAUAUGCCCGUUCAUGACGAUCCACGAGAGUGGUCAAGACUUCGCAAGAACUUCAUACUGGCUGUGAUAUGCUCGGGCUCAAUGAUCGCCGGGUUUGGCGCCAGUAUACAAAAUCCUGCGAACGAAGAGAUGGAGAGAGACCUGCCUGCAACGAGCGGGGAGAUAAGUUGGAGUCUAUCGCUGUUCAUCCUCAUGCAAGGGAUUACUCCUCUUCUUUGGAGCUCUAUCAGUGAAGUGAAGGGCCGCCGAUUUGUUUAUCUCAUUUCACUUCUCAUAUUUACUGUUGGCUCGAUUGUCGUCGCCACGAGCAAGACCAUUGGCUUGGUGAUAGGAAUGCGCGGUGUGCAAGCACUGGGGUCAAGUGCCGUUAUAACUAUCGGUGCGGCUAGUCUCGCAGAUAUAUUUGACCCAGUGGAGAGGGGCACGAAGAUGGGCAUAUACUACAUUUCCCCUCUGCUUGGGCCAUCCCUAGGACCCGUCUUUGGCGGAAUCCUUACGACGGGAUUCAGCUGGCGUGCUCCGUUUUGGUUCCUGACCAUCUUAGCCGGCACCGUUUUCUUGUGCUUCUUGUUCUUCUUUAAAGAUACGUUCCGGAAGGAACGAAGCUUUGCGUACCAGGCCGUGCUGAAGCGUCUUUUGAAAGAACGGGCUGAGAAUCUGAGGAGGGAGAAAAUUUCGCAGACUAAGCUGGUAGAACAGAAUGACAAGAAUGAAAUAGCAGAAAACGAGAGCCCUGUCGCGACUGUUGACGUAGAGAAGCAGGAGCCAACAUUGCAAACCGAUACAUUGGCUCUUCCUGUCAUAACGCUCACCUUGAAGGAUGUCGCUCCCAUUGGCACAUCAUGGCUGGUCAUCCGGCGGUGGAACAACUUCAUACUAUUGCUGGCUUCCGGUAUACUAUUCUCGUACUCCUUUACCGUGGUAUACACGACCUCUCGCACCCUGGGGAAUGCUUAUGGAUACGAUGCGCUAUACACAGGCCUCGUGUUGCUCUCUUACGGACUAGGUUCUAUGGCAGGGAGUAUACUAGGAGGCCGCUACUCUGAUCACGAGCUAGCAAGGCUUACAAGAGAGAAUGGUGGUAGAAGCAGCCCGGAAAUGCGCCUCAACAGCACACUGCAUGGACUUUGGCUUUUCCCCGUUUCCGUUGUAGGAUUUGGGUGGGUGUUGGAACGACAUGUGCAUAUUUCGGGGGUAUGUGCAAUGCUGUUUUUAUCUGGAUGUUUUGCAAUUUAUGUUUUUUCGAGCGAAUUGGCAUACCUUGUAGAUGCCAACGUAGGUCGUUCAUCCAGUGCUGUCGCUUUUAACAGUUUAUUCCGUGGAAUUGCGUCUUUUAUUGCGAUAGAGAUUGCGGUUCCUGUUCAGGAUGCGCUUGGUGAUGGUUGGAUGUACACUAUAUUUGGUAUUAUACAGGUGAUCAGCGGACUGUUGGUGUUACUGGUAAGAGUAAAGGGGAAGAAGUGGAGAACACAAGCAGAAGCUCGCGAAGCUCAGGCAGCACAAAAGUCAGCUAUGUAAUGCCGACGCCGAUACGUCAUCAAGAAACCAUUCUCACUCAUAAAAUGGUCCAAGGCGUAGAAUAGAGGCCUGGUGCAAAGAUCUUGG